AAGCUCUACGGGAGGCGUCGCUCGGUGACGUGUUGGUCAUGGAGGCCCGGGCGGGAGAUGUCUCCAAGCAAAGCAUACGUGAACGGAUUUGGGACUACAUGGAAUCCCAUAAUAUAGCUGAUUUUCCCCGACCUGUUCAUCACAGGAUCCCCAACUUCAAGGGGUCCUACCUGGCUGGCCAAAGCAUCAGAGACCUGGAAGUCUUUGCUGGGACACAGGAAGUGAAAGUGGACCCUGAUAAGCCCCUGGAAGGUGUCCGCUUACUGGCACUGCAGAGCAGAAAAACACUGCUGGUCCCAACACCUCGACUGAGGACAGGGCUGUUUAACAAGAUCAUACCACCCCCUGGAGCCACCAAAGACAUACUGAGGAAAUGUGCCACCUCCCAGGGUGUGCGGAACUUCAGCGUCCCGGUGGGCUUGGAUUCCAAUGUCCUCGUGGAUUUAGUUGUGGUGGGAUCUGUUGCUGUGUCUGAGAAAGGCUGGCGAAUUGGGAAGGGAGAAGGCUACGCUGAUCUUGAAUAUGCCAUGAUGGUGUCGAUGGGAGCUGUCCACGAGGGGACAUUGGUCGUCACGAUUGUCCACGACUGCCAGGUCGUUGACAUCCCUGAGGCUCUCCUGGAGGACCACGACCUCACUGUAGACUACAUCCUCACUCCCACCAGGGUCAUCGCCACAGGCUGUGCACGCCCAAAGCCAACAGGGAUCCUGUGGUCCAAGGUCAGCUGUGAGAUGCUUACGAAAAUCCCAGUGCUCAGGAGCCUCCGUGAGCGAGAGAAGCGGGCGGGGACCGAUGUCACUCUUCAGGCUGAGCCUGGCAACACACAGCAGCCAGCUCCCAGCACUGUCAGGAGGCCCCAGGAUAGACCACAGUCACAACCAGCUCCCAGCACUGUCAGGAGACCCCAGGAUAGACCACAGUCACAAGCAGGUUUCCGAGGAAGGUCCCAUAGCUCCCUGGAGGGGACGGACACCCACCUAGCUGCCACUGUGUGCUUGGGAAACCUUCCCUACAGUGCUCGUGUGCGUGAGCUGAAGCGAGCCCUCCAGGAGCUGGGGGCGGUGCCCCUGAGGCUAACCUGGCAGGGGCCACAGCACAGAGCAAUUCUACACUAUACAGACUCAGCUGCUGCCCAGCAGGCUGCCUCUCUCCUACAGGGCCUGCGACUGGGUGACAAUGCUUUGAGGGUGUCACUGGGGCAGCAGAGGGAUACGUGACCUGGUGUGCAGCCCCCAGCUGUGCCCUUUCUGCUGCUGGGAUGUUUCUGGCAUGUGACAGUGCCAUUGGUGAUGACCUGCUGCUGUGCGGCCUGCUCUGCUCCUGGGAAGAGGCUGCACUUCCCUGAUGGGUGGGGUGAUAGCAGGCAGCACAGCAUGCUACCACACUCGCUACCACAUUCGGGAUGCUGUGAGUGCAGACCCAUCCAGUUCUGGUUCUUGUGAAAUCCACGUGAUGUUCUCUGGGUACAGAUGGUUCAGGGACAGAGCAGCCUGGACAAGAGGUAGACAGUGGAAACCUGUUUGAGGAUGUCUGAGAGAGAGAGCAGAGACUGUGGCAAGAAUCGAGUGCCCUGUGACCAUUGGAAGCCACCACUCCAACCCGAGCCCAGCAGAACAGGAGUGGGGAGAGCGGGGCUUCUGCAUGCAGAGAGCACAAGCCUCGAGUUUGAGUUCUGUUCCUGGAAACUCUGUGUUGUGUGCACAUGUGAUGGCGUCUACCCAGGCUGCUUAGGGCCUCCCCAUCCCUCAGGUGAGGAGGUGAGGCACUUGGCAGGUGCCUGUGCUCUCCCAGAAGCACUUGCGCCAUUGAUCCUAAGGAAACACAUAAGCAUUUAUGUGGAGAGUUGAUUCUGUUCAAAUACGCAUGCCUGGGAAGUUUUUUUGUGUUUACCAGUGGGUCUUCCACAGUGACGGAUGGCAUUGUCCUUUGCCCCAGAAGGGCAGGCCUCGCUCAUAUUAAAGGAAGGGAACUUGUGUACAUCUGCUUGCCUUAGAAAACGAUAGUUCAGUAGCCACCGCUUCCAGGUAGUCACAGGGGUCACGAGGGGUGGCUGAGGGAAGCAGACUCAGGCUGUGCCGGCCUCUAGCCUGGCAACCUGUUGGCCUGGCCCCAACCCCCACUCCUGCCUCACACAGCCACUGACCACCCCAUCCUCACCUGCUCUGCUCUCCUCGGGGUCCUUGCCUGCCCCUCAUGUCCCUUCUUCACAUUGUGUCCCACUGAGACAGUGCCUACAGGUUAGCAGCAUGGAGUCGUCUGUUCCCUCCUGCUGCAGGCCAGCAGGGUGUGAACAACUCAGGAAAUCCGUGUUACAUGAGCUGGGAGAUGGGAGACAACCUUUACCCAGAAGCCAACCAAGCCUGACCCAUCAGUAAGUGUCACUCUGGCCUUCCAGAUGGUGCGGGCCUCCUGCUACUGUGGCCAGAGUAAUCCAGAUGUGUUGGCUCCGUCUAAGCCACUUGCGUUUGUGUAAAGUGUGUAAGCGAUGAAGCCCAGGUGCCCUCAGUCUAAGCUCUGGUAGAUGCUACAGGGCGUUCCCUGUCUCAGGUGCCUUUGAGGUCUGGCUCUCCAGGUGACAGGAGCCACAGGUGACAGAGUCACUGCGUUCUUUGUCACUACAGCUGCCUAGCACACACAAUCAAAGUGGACAGGAAGAGUUGCUGUCCAGCACUGAGGUGGCAAAAACACUCUAAGUGUCGCUGAGGCUUCUGGGUCCCUCCAUUCUUCCACUCGUGUUUUUCUGCUUUGCCAAUAGUGGAGACCUGGGCAGGAGGAUGGCUGUUUGCAAGAGUUCAUCCUCAGGACUCAUCUCACUCUGGAUUAAUUUGGGUAACUGUUGCAGUGAUGAACCACCAUGACCAAAGCAACUUGGGGAGGAAAGGGUUUAUUUCACUCACAGUUCCAUAGAAACUGGUCAUCAUCAAAAUCAGUGAGGCCAGGAACUCGAAUAGGGCAGGAACCUGGAGUAGCAGCUGACGCAGAGGCCAUGGCGGGAUGUUGCUUACUGGCUUGCUCUCCAUGGCCUGCUCAGCUUGCUUUCUUAUAGAACCCAGGACCACAGCCAAGGGGUGGCACUGCCUACAAUGUGGUCUGGGCCCUCCCCAUCAAUCAUUUUCUUAGAAGAAAAUGUUCUACAGGCCUCUCUGCAGCCUGAUCUUACAGAGGGCUUUUCCCCAGUUGAGGUUCCCUCAGAUGAUUCUACCUUGUGUCAAUCUGAUGUCAAACUAUCCAGCACAGUACUGGCCUCUUCCUGUGUGUGCUCGACCUGCAUCCUCGUCGUCCUGUUGAGAGCAGAGCUCUGCACCCUGCCAUGACAGACUGAAGCUGAGUAAACCCUUUUGAGCAUCUUGACAAGCUAAAGCAGGAAGAUGCAAACCAACGGGUUUCCCUGCAACCAUUAUAAUGUAGCUUCUAGAAACGGAAUAGCAAGGGCUAGAGAAGUAGAGCCUUCAAGAGCCAUUACUGCCCUUCCAGAAGACCCGAGUUCAGUUCCCUCCACCCAUGAUGUCACAAAGCUCACAUGCACCCACAGCUUCAGCCACAGGAAUCUGACACCCUUGUCUGACCUCCACUGCGUGCGCACGCAUACCAGCAGUAAAACUCGUAAAGUGGUCGAGACUGAUGAGUUUGACAGAAAAUGGUUGCAGAUCCACAGAAAGAUGUCAGUAGAAGUUCCUCAGGGAACUAAGAAAACAGAGCAUCAGGAAUUGUUACCCGCAAGACCAGAGGAUUGCAGAAGUUGACCUCUGGUCUCCCACAUGCGAACACACACACACACACACACACACACACACACACACACACACAUGAAGGACGUGUAAACAGAAUGAAGCUGGCAGAGGAGACUCAGAGCGGUGACCUACCCAAUGCUGGCUUCUAACCCUAGUUGGAGAUGUGGUUUGGUUCCAAGGUUCAAACUUCCAGGUGGUGUUGCUGGCACUCCCUCCUUUCCUGUGGCCUUUCACAGUGAAGCCACACUUAGUACAGAAGCCAUGGUACCUCAGAAGGAGAGACCAGAGCAGCAGCAGUCACUGUCCUGAGGAGCAAGAUGGAGGCUUGAAGGCUAGAACGCCGGGGAAUAGGCAGCUAAGCAGAGGGGCCACUUUACAAGUCCUGGGGUUUCUGUUCUGUAAAGAAGCAAUGUGGGAUGAAAGGGCUUAUCUGUCCAUAUUACAGUCUGUCAUUAAGGGAAGUCAGGCCAGGGGUGCAGGUCAACUGACACAGAGACCAUGGUGGAGGGCUGCUCCUCACGACUCACUAAGCCUGCUUUCUUGUAGAACCCAAGACUACCAACCUAGGGGUGACACAGCUCUCCCUGUCAGCCGUCAAUCAAGAAAGGGCACCAAAAGCUUGCCCACAUGCCUGUGUAGUGGGGACAUGUCCUCAACUAAGGUUUCCUCUUCCAAAAAUGACUCCAGUUUGUGUCAAGUUGGUCUAAGACUAGCCGUCACAUUAGGGGAAGCAUGUCUGUCUGUGGCCAGGCACCCAUAACCACUGCCCACAGACCAGACCAGCACUGUGGAUGGCCAGACCCAGGAAAGCACUCGUGUAAAGGCACAGGCCUGAUGAUCUUCUGUGGCCUGAGAUGCAGUCUUCUGUCUUUAUAAAAGGAGCCAACACAGGCUCACCUCCUAGUCCUGGCCUGAUGGCGAGUCCUGGACAGCUGGGCUGCCAUUACCCCCAACCCCACAUCCCAGGCACCUGGGCCUGAUGCCACCUUCCCCGGGUCCUGGACACCUGGCCUGUGUGUGAUGCUUCUGAUGUUGCUGUUCUCAUGGCCCCAGCAGAAGUAACGAAAGGCAGCCAUGCUCCUGCACCUUUUUCUGGGCUCUCUGACUAGAACCUCAAAUAGAAGAUAUGUCCUAAAAUAAAGAGAACAUCGAUUUUAUUAGUUAC